AUGCCCAAUUACAACGUCCGGCGAGCGUUCGCCGCGGGAGUGUUCGCAUGCUUCGUCACGUUCCUGCUGACCGAUCCGCUCAAGCGCAGCCCGAUCGCGCACCUGCCGUUCGAGCCCGUGCAGCAUGACGCGCCGCCGCGCAUGUGGCCGCCCAUCAUCGAUCUCACCGAGAAGCUCACUUACGCGCAGCGCAGUUCCCCUCUAAACCACAUAUGCGGGCGGCCGCUGGGGCUGCGGUUCCACCCGGUGACGGGGGAGCUGUUUUUCGCGGAUGCGUACUUUGGCGUGUUCAAGGUUGGGCGGCAGGGCGGGCUGGCGCAGCCUGUGGUGACGCGCGUGGACGGCCGCCCGCUGCUGUUCGCCAACGACCUUGAUAUUGCCGCCAGCGACGAGAACGGCACCCUCUAUUUCACCGACACCAAGCAAACGCUUCCACCGCCGGUGAGACACGAGGGGGGUUGGGAGAGAAGAGGGGGGUGGGAUGAGGGUGCUCGGCUACAGAUUAAACAGUAG